AUGCGCCUACGGCCUCCCGGAUAUCUACUCCGUCCUUCCACUCUCGGUAAUGUCUGCUGGCGGUGCAGUCAACGAAUAAGUUAUGGAAAUUCGCAAUUUACAAAGACUUUCUCCCACGCCGCCCCCGUAGCACCGAAACAACAAUAUCGACUGAAGGCCGGAUACUUUUUGUCUAACAAAAUUCUACCUCAACCUCAUAAUAAUUCAAAUCCCCAGUCGUUUGCGGCUUCAACAGUCCCCGACGAAGCCACCAAAACUACCACCACAAGCCAAAUAAACCAACAUCUCCCUCACCGGCAACGUCAAGCUGCAAAGCGCAAAACAGCCAAUAUUAUACCUAAUUCAACCCCGCCAACUAACUCUGAAACCCCUCUCCCGCAAGAUGCCUCAUCUGCGCUUACGACAGAAUCUACGAAGCAUCCCGCCAAUUCUUUUCGUCGACAGCUAUCCCUUCUUCUUUCCUUGUCGAAACCUCGCCUUACCGUCCUAAUCGUUCUCACAGCUAUGGCGCCCUAUGCGCUAUACCCCGUACCGGCCUUUCUCUCCCCGUCUAUCGGUCUGGACACGCCCUCCCUCUCGCCCUUAACUCUGACCUUUCUCACGACCGGUACCGCACUCUGCUGCGCCAGCGCAAAUGCUCUUAACAUGCUCUACGAACCAGCUUGGGAUGCCAAGAUGACGCGCACACGAAACCGACCCCUCGUUCGGGGCCUCUUGUCCGAACGUAGGGCUCUCGUCUUUGCCGUUCUUACUGCCGUUGCCGGAGUUGGUAGCCUUUACUUCGGCGUAAAUCCCACAGUCGCCUUCCUCGGUGCUGCUAAUAUUGCACUCUACGCCGGAGUUUACACGCCAAUGAAACGUGUCUCGUGGCUGAACACUUGGGUUGGGGCGGUCGUCGGAGGCAUACCGCCGCUUAUGGGUUGGGCUGCGGCGGCUGGUGAAUCCGCGACGGGAGACGGGUCAUUCCGUGAACUCCUCUUUACGACAGAUGCGAUCGGCGGUUGGCUGUUUGCCGCUCUCCUGUUUGCCUGGCAAUUUCCUCACUUCAUGGCUCUAUCGUGGCCUAUAAGAGAAGAAUACAAAGCGGCCGGCCACAAGAUGCUGUGCUGGAUUAACCCUGCUCGGAACGGACGAGUAGCACUAAGGUAUAGCUUGCUAUUCUUCCCGCUGUCUAUCGGACUCUGCGCCGUAGGAGUAACAGAGUGGAGCUUCGCGGUGACAAGCCUACCGGUUAACUUCUGGCUGGCGCGAGAAGCGGUGCGGUUCUGGCGACAGGAAGGCUUUAAGGGGAGCGCGCGGGGGUUAUUUUGGGCUAGCGUUUGGCACAUACCAGUUAUCAUGGUACUCGCUCUUGUUCAGAAAAAGGGGAUGUGGGGGCGAGUUUGGAGAAGUAUUGUUGGAGAGCCAGAUCUCGAGGACGAGUACGAGGACUGGGUCGUAGACCAAAUCAGUCAAGAAGCUGAGGCCGCUGAUGGCGAGGCCCAAAAAGCAGUGCCUCCUAUUGAGUCCGAGUGA